AUGUUUGCCCUUAAGACAUUUACCAAUUUAUGUACUACUCAAUCAAUCUUUCAGCAUUCAGUACGAACAGCAAAAGUCUUCAAACCAAAUUUACUUAUAUCGAAACAUCGUAAUAUUAAAGUAAAAGAUGGCCAAUGGGUUGAAAAAGACGCUGUUCUUACUUUACAAAACAAUCUUGUUUUAUAUCCUGGCGAAAAUACAUCUGUCGCCUAUGAUUACACAAUACGAUCAAAAGUGCCAGGCUUCGUUGUAAUAACAACAGAGUCUGUUAAACCACAUCCGCACAGUCCAUUGUUUCGUUAUGCUAACAGUGGCAAUGAGGUUAAACGCAAUUUUGUACAUGUUUUACCACCACGACGUGAAGCAUCUUUUCGACUGAUAGAUCAAAUAUACCCCGAUGAAUUCAUUUUAUCAGAUGUAAUUAAUUAUGAAACAAGUCAUCUAUUCGAACAGUAUUCAUCGUUAAUAUUACAAAGAUUUAUAAUGACUGUUGUUGUUCAAAGACGUGAUCGUUGUCGUAUUUGUUUUUCAUUACUCUUACGGGAUCGUUCGAUAUGCUGUCAAAAGUCCUAUGAUCUAUUUAAACAUCUUGAACGUCGAAAAAUUCCAUUGCACAAAUUAAAUUCAUUUCAAAUUAAAAUAAGAAACCCAACUGUCUGCUUUCAUGAUUUAAUUCUACGUUAUUUACAUACAAAAAUUGAUCAAACAGAAAAUUUUUCGAAUUUUAUCUGUCAUAAUUGUUCAAUAAUAUUAUUAGAUAUUGAACAAUGCGCAAAAUAUCUACGUAAAACAGUCAAUCAAUUAAAAAUUAAACUGAAUAAAUCGAAUCGUCUUCGAACAUCAUCAUUAUCGGCAACAUUUCAAAAGAAAAAACAACAACGAACUCCUAUUGUUCAUGAAGAACCAUUACCGAUUUUAAAUUCAGAUUCCGACGAAGAAUUUGAUGAUAUCGACGAUGAAGAGGAGUUCGACGACGAACAAGACGAACCGAAACCAAAUGAUGUUAAACCUGCAAAUCAGUCAUCACCAUCAUCAUCAUCGGGCAGUAAUUCGUCAUUGAAUCUUCCCGCAUCAAAAUUACAUGCAAGUAAUAAUGGCCAUUGCAAUGAUGACGAUGACGAUGAAGAGGGUCUAAUAAAAAAUUCGUCUCCGAAAUUGGAACAACAAAACUUAGCCGAAUUUAUGCAUCGGCUACAAGCCAAUCCUCUGAAUACAUUGUCCGGUUCAAAUGGUUUAAUAACAGCAGGUAAUACAAUGAAUUUAGUUGAAGAAUUGAAUCCAAAUUUGAUGCAAUUACGCCUUGCUCAUAUGAUGGCAGCUGCUGCUUAUAUGAAUUCAACAAGUGCAGGUCAAAAUCGAAACGACAAUAAUAAUAACGUUGAUUCAAUGAUGAAUACAUUGGCUAAUAUGCAAAGAAAUUUUCUUUUGCAAUUCUUUAAUGAUCCAAUGGCAGCUGCUCAAGCUACACAACAAGCUGCUGCUGCCGCUGUUUCAGCUACGCACAUGAAAGCUCAUAUAACGCCGAUGUCAUUAAUGACAACAAAUAAUAAACAAAUUGGAAGUUGUAGAAAACGAAAAUCGACACCCGAAAAACGUGUCCUAACAAAUCAUCGAUCAUCCAAUAAUAAUGGCAAUGCAUCCCCAACAAAUGAAAAAGAAUCAAUCAAUAAUCACAAUACGGCUGAUCAUCCGUUAGAAUUAACUUUGAAAACUUUUCAACAAUCGAAUUCAACUUUACCAUCGCCUGUGAAAUCAACAACAGACAUUCAUAAUAUUGUGAUGAAUCCCAAGGUCGAAAAUGGAAGUCCAAUUUAUCAACAGAAUUAUUUAAAUCAACAUCAAACGUUCGAUGAAGAUCGUAAAGAAUCUACGACACCGAAUGAUUCAUCAUUAUCGCUAUCUCCAUCAUUAAUACGUCGUUCGAAUAAUUCAAAGCGGCAAAAAAUAUCAACAUCAAUUCAAAACGAUUAUUUGAAUAAUUUAAAACUAAAUCUAUCUCAAACACAAACAACAGAUUUACUCUCACCAAAUCAUCGUUCGACAUUUAACGAUGACACAAAUUCGACACAACAAAAACAACAUCGUAAAUUAGAUCCGCGCACUUGUAUCGAAUGCGGUAAAGUUUUGUUCAGUGAUAAAACACUUCUGCUUCACUGUCAAACGCACGCUAAAAAUGAUAAACAAUGUUGGAUAUGCGGUGCGAAUGAUAACGAUAUUAAAAAACAUAUUCUUAACGAUCAUGGCAAUCAAAAAUUUACAAAUACUGGUUUUAAAUGUCAUCAUUGCGAAAAAGUUUUUCCUGUUUAUUCUGAUCUCGAAACACAUACUCGAGAGCAUAGCAAGAAAAAACCAUUCGAGUGUCCAAUAUGCAACAAACGCUUUGGUCAACAGGGAAAUUUAAGUUGUCAUCUACGAAUUCACAGUGGUGUUAAACCAUUUACUUGUGCAAGUUGCGGUAAAGCAUUUCGCCAUUCGAAUAGUUUAAGGCGUCAUGCGCGCACAGUUCAUUCAGCAUCGCGAGGUUUAUCAAUGAGUCCCGGAUCGAUGACAACCAUCGGAACAUCAUCAUCAUCAAUGCGUCUUGCUACUGCAACUACAAGUAAUUCAAUGGUAUCGAUGGCCAAUGAUAUGCAUCAUUUAAGUACAAGUGAAACAUUUGAUGAGGGUAAUUCAGGAUUGAUGAUUCCUUCGGAUGAAGCUGAAUCAUUGCAAGGUCCACCUUCGACAUCAUCAGCUGGUGUACCAUCGCCUUCAAUAUCUAAUGCACAAGUAGACAGUGAUUCGCAUGAACAGUUUGGAACAGGUUGA